AUGUUUAACGUCGCGCAUCAGGGUCGGAAAUACGUCCCUACGCGCUCCUCGGUCACAGAUGACUGUCCAGUAACCGCGCGGUGUGUUCAGAUCAACAAACCCUCCUGUACACUGAAGGAAGCCCCAGAGGCGACCUGGCCACCGAGUGCCAAGAUGCGGAUCUCAAAGGGCAACAAGGGCGCGGUGGUGAGAGUCCGGCGGAAUGCGUCUCCUCAACCGGCCAGCCUGGAGGAGCUGGAGGCGUCUUGGAGCGACAGAGGGCAGUCGGAGGUGAAGCCACCGGAGAGUUUACCGAGCCCCGAAGCAGCCGGGAACGGGAUUGAAGGAGGUCCACCACGGAACAGGAAGAAAGGGUUCAGACCCCCCGAUGUGAGAACCAUCUUCUCCCCAGGAGAGAAGGACCCCAGGGUGAAAGAUGAGUCCGGGGAGGGACACACGUUCGAGCCCGGAGGCAAUAACACAUGGUGUGACGUGUGCUGCCAAUACAUCUUCUAUCAUGGUCUCACCUGUGCAGGUUGUAAGUACACAUGUCACACGGCUUGUCGGGACCGAGUGUCUCUGGACUGUCACCCUGCAGCUUCAGUCAGUCAGGACCAGCUCAACAACAACACGCCGCCUCAUGAUGUGGAGAAGGAGAGAGAGUUGCGGACAGAGUUCAGCAGGGAGGAAAUCAGGCAGAAGGUCGAGCAGUACAACAAGCUGACCACAGACCUCCUUAAAAUGACACUGAAUCAUCAUACUGGUGUGUAUACUGGUUUCAUCAAGGUCCAGAUGGACUUGAGGAGGCCGGUGACGGUGCGGGGGGGCCAAAGAGGAGCAGGAGGAGCAUUAGUGGAAGAGGCAUUCUAUCUGCCCCGAGGAGUCACCAACACCCUCCACAUUAGCUCCAAUAACACAGUCCGACAGGUGAUCAUCGCCCUGCUGAGCAAGUUCACAGUCGCAGACAACCCGGCGAAAUACGCCCUGUACAAACGCUAUCGCAGGGAGGAGCAGGUAUAUGUGUGUAAGCUGGCGGAUGGCGAGCAGCCGUUGUUUCUUCGUCUGGUGGCGGGACCCGACAGCGACACGCUCAGCUUCGUACUGAGAGAGCAACAGACUGGAGAAGUCAUGUGGGAUGCAUUUUCCAUCCCUGAGCUGUGUAACUUCCUGCGUAUCCUCGACAAGGAGGAGGAUGAGCAGAAGGUGGCGGUGAUUCGCCGCUACGAGGCCUACCGGCAGAGACUGCAGGAGGCCCUGAGGGAGGUCAGAGGGCCUUCUUAGAGGACUGAACUCCAUAAAACAGGACUACUGCCCCCCAGAGGAACGGAGGAGGUGAUUUAUUUUUUUUUAACCUCCUCAGAGGAGAUAAUUGUGUAAAUUCUGAUGGAGAGAGAGGGAUGUGAGAAGAGAGGAUCCAGCACCUGGAAGAAGGGAUGAUACAGACAGAAAGAGGGAUGAUAUAAAGAGGACUGGACAUAAACUGAGAGACAGCAAGCAAAGGACAAGUGAAUAAGCGGAUGAACGGACAAAAUUUGGACGGACGCAGCUGGAGUUUGAUUCAGCCUGGAUUAAAGAUGUCAAACUUCUGCCUGCAGUCUGCCUCCUCACACCAAAGAUUCACUCUACUGUGCCAUAUUCAUUCAUCCCCUCGCCCUCUCUCGGUCCAUCCCUCUCUUCUUCUUCUCUCACUCUGUCCUGCUGUCACAUAAUUUAUGCAGUUUAUCCGAUUCCUCUUCGUUUCCCUUUUUUUUUUAUCCUUUUAAACUUGUGAAAGACUCAAGGCCAUAUGUUGAGUUAGAGUUUUAUUUAAUUUGUUUGUUUCAAGGACUGUAAAUAUUUUUUUUUUCUUAAUUUAUAUGGGUGAAGCUUUUUAUCUUUUUAUUUUGUUGUUGUUUUUUAAGCAAAAAAAGUCUUAUUUUAGUUUAUCCUACAAAGGCAGAGCACCGAUCUGAUGUUUACACAGACACGGAGAAUAGUUUAUCCAAACUAGAGGUUAAAUACUCAGACAUCAUGAGCAUCAGACACCACUGGAUGUAGAUCAAAAACCAUCCCUCAAGCUGUGGCUAUAUAUAGAUGAUGGAAAUACAAGAAAAUUUGAAAAAAUCCUGGAAUUAAAGAAGUCUUGACCAUCGUUGCGUUUAGCUUGAAUCACCCUGAAAGUUGAGAAAUAUUUCUGAGAUGACAAAAGGAACAAGGUGGCUGGAUGAAGGUAUGGAGUCUCAGGUGUGCCAAAGACUAUACUGUAAAACUACAUUAUAAAAGCUAAAAAGAUUUCUUUUUUAAGUUUUACUUACUUUUUAUUGCUUUUAAUAUAACAUAAAGAUUGCAAAAUGAACAAUAAAAUAACAGAACAGACUAUGUCCCCUGGGGCAACACGUAAAAAGCCCUUAAACAUUUUGAUAUUUCAUUCAUAAAUAAUUUGUCUCCUGCUGUAACAGUUAAUUUUUAUUUAGUGAGGAGACGGAAAAACUAAAAAUACCAGUUUAUACGGCUCAUUUAAAAUUGAUUCACCAAUUCCAUUAAAAACAAAACAAAUGUGUUAAUUGGCAAAUGCAAUGUUAAAUCAUUAACUCUAAUUUCCAUAAUUUUCCUGCUUUCGACUUCUUUUACGAAUACAAUGUAGAAGUGAGAUUUAAAGAAAAUAUCUUUAUUUAUUAACAUUCGACUUUCUGUUUUUAAUGCAUAAUUUUAUUACAAAUUUUAUUAUUUUUUAAGAAAU